AUGCAAGAAAUCAGUAAUAGUCCUAAUAGCCCAAAAGAUAUGUAUAGAUAAGCAAAGAUAGCAUCUCUAAACGUAAAAAAUCUUAAUAUUGAAUUAAAGAGUAGACAAUAAGAACAGGAUAAGCAGAAUUGUUGUGAUAGCAAUUUAAGAAAUAUAUACGAUAUUUAUUUUACCGAUGCUAUUAAUAUGAGAGUAAGUAUUAUUAAAAUAAAUGAAAUCCAGCAAAGAUUAAUACAGAAGUGUAGAAAGCAAAAUAGCUACAACAAUGAAAGAUUAAGACUUAAUUGUGGAACAUAGUAUAUUGCUGCAGUUCACUACAUAUCCAUUUCUUAUUAAAAACUCAUUUACAUGAGUAUUCUCAGCAAUCAGUGGUUUGAUUAUUUUUUCUUCGCAGUAUAGUCCUGA